CUGCGUCGGUAGUGCUGAGAGCCAGUGGGGUCCCCGCGGGUCUCUGUGGGAGGUGGCUCUUGCCAGUUGCUUGCAGCUUGCACAGCUUGUGAGGGGCUCCGGGAGCCUGCAGCCUGUGGUCCUCUGGUUUCUGAGGGUGCCCAGGGCAGCCGGAGGCCUCACUUUCUUGUUUCAAGGAGAUGCCAUGCACUUCUGCACCUCCUUGCGUGCCUUGCACGUGGGGUUCUUCAGGCUGCCCUGAGAGGUGAGAGCCUGGCUGGGGAGACCCUGCCUCCUGAGAUGGCUCCUGGGUGCCGGCUCAGCCCGCCGACCACAAACCCGAACCCUCCCACACCAAGCGUCAGGAGCAAAUCCAGGGUGGGACCUUGGCCUCCUGGGUGGGCUCAUUGCCCUCCCCUUGCUGGGGCUGGGAGCUGCAGCUCUGAGAGGAUCCCAGUGACAGCAGUGUUGGAGGGCGGAGAUGUGCGGCCCACCCACCCGCCACCAUCCGCCUCUCCUGAACCGGCCUCGCUCCGAGCCCCCACCUCUUGUCUUUGCCCCUCGGCUGGCUUUCUCACAGCACCCAAACCCCUUCUUUCUCCGCCUGUGCCUUCCUUUAUAAUGCUUGUUUAUCUGCUUGAAAGGUAGAGCGAGCGAGCGAGCGAUUUCACCUGCUGGUUCACUCUCCAAAUGCCUGCAAUAGCUAGGGCUGGCCCAGGUUGAGGUCAGGAGCCCAGAACUCCAUCCGAGUCUGCUACUUGGGUGACGGGUCCAAGUGCUUGAGCCAUCGUCCGCUGCUUCCUGGUUGAAUUAGCAGGAAGCUGGAUUGGAAGCAGAGCAGCCAGGACUUGAACCGGCACCGCCGUGUGCCUUGUGGAUGCCCCAAGCAGCUGCUUCAGUUGCUGCGCUACCAUGCCCACCCCUCUGCCUGCUCUUCAUCCUUGGGGCUUCCUCGGGUUCUGUGGUCCGUCUCUGCUGAUCCCUGACGUGUGCUCUCUUCACGGUCGCAUCCAUUUCUUUAUCUUUUUACUUUUUCAAAAAAGAUUUUAUUUGAAAGGCAAAGUUACAGAGACAGAGAUAUCUUCUGGCCACUGAUUCACUCCCCAAGUGGCUGGGGCUGGGCCAGCCUGAAGCUAGGAACCUGGAACUUCAUCUGGAUCUCCCCUGCACUCGGAUCUGGGCGAAGUGGCGUCAGAACUCAAAGCCCCCGAGAGACGAGCAGCUGUGGCGACUGCAGGUCUGGAAUGGAGACCAAUGGAAGGAGAAGACUGCGGGCUGCACUACGGAGAUGGUCCGAAUGAGGCUCAGGACAGCGACUUUCCAGCAGCAGAGCGGAGCAGGCUGCAGGAGAUGCUGUCCCUCCUGGGGCUGGAGGCGUACCAGGCGCAGAAGCUCAGCCUGCAGGACUCGCUCCAGAUCAGUUCCGACAGCAUGAAGAACUGGGCCCCGCAGGUGCCCAAGGACCUGCCCUGGCACUUCCUGAGGAAGCUGCAGGCCCUCAACGCCGAGGCCAGGAACACCACCAUGGUGCUCGACCUGUCCGCCGACGCCCGGCCCGCCGAGAAGGAGAGCCAGAUGGAGGAGGGGGUCAUCUACUGGGACCCGGCCGAGGACGCGGCCGCCGACGACAUCUACUCCUUCUCGGAGCUGCCCACGCCCGACACGCCCGUGAACCCCCUGGACCUGCUCUGCGCGCUCCUGCUCUGCUCGGACGGCAGCCUGCGGCAGGAGGUGCUGUUCAAGAUGGCCCUCUGCCAGUUCGCGCUGCCGCUCGUGCUGCCGGACUCGGAGAACCACGACCACACCUUCCUGCUGUGGGCCCUGCGGGGCGUGGUGCGGACGUGGUGGUCCCAGCCCCCGCGGGGCCUCGGCAGCCUCCGGGAGGACAGCGUGGUGCUGCCCAGGGCGCCGGCCUUCGCCUUCGUGCGCAUGGACGUCAGCAGCAACUCCAAGUCCCAGCUGCUGAACGCCAUCCUGAGCCCCGGCCGCCGGCACUGGGACUGCUUCUGGCACCGGGACCUCGGCCUGGGCACCAGCGCCCGGGAGAUCGCCGACGGCCUGGUGGAGAUCUCCUGGUUCUUCCCCAGCGGCAGUGAGGACCUGGACGUCUUCCCGGAGCCCGUGGCCUUUCUGAACCUCCGGGGGGACAUCGGGUCCCACUGGCUGCAGUUCAAGCUGCUGACCGAGGUCUCGUCGGCCGUGUUCAUCCUGACGGACAACGUCAGCAAGAAGGAGUACAAGCUGCUCUACUCCAUGCGGGAGUCCAGCACCAGGUACUACUUCAUCCUGAGCCCCUACCGCGGCAAGCGCAAUGCCAACCUGCGCUACCUCAACAGGCUCAUCCCGGCGCUCAAGAUGGACCCGUCGCACGUGCUGGUCAAGGUCAGCAGCACGGACGGCGAGGGCUUCGUGCGCAGGGUCCGCGCCAUCCUGCGCGGCGUGGCGCGCGCGCCCUGCAGGCGGGUGUCGGUGGAGGACAUGGCGCAGGCCGCCCGCAAGCUGGGCCUCCGGGUGGACGAGGACUGCGAUGCGUGCCAGAAGGGGAGGGACCGCAUGGAGAGGAUCACCAGGAAGAUCAAGGACGCGGACGCCUACCGGCGGGACGAGCUCAGGCUGCAGGGGGAGCCCGGCAGGAAGGCGGCGCAGGCCGAGCGCGAGCUGUGCCAGCUGCAGUGGGCGCCCGAGCCGCCGGAGAAGCCGCGCGCCGAGCUGCGGCGGCGGGUGCUGGAGCUGCGCGAGCAGCAGUACAGCCUGGAGCCCGCGGCCGGCGUGCAGGAGUUCGUGGCCGGCAUCAGCAGCCCGUGCCCCCGGGAGAGGCAGUACUUCCUGCGCUGGCUCGAGUGGGGGCUGGCCCGGCUGGGUCAGCCGCGGCCCAGGCAGCCCCCGGACGCACUGCUCGCGCUGCGGCCCAAGCGCGGGGCCUCGGAGCUGGGCGAGCCUCCGCGGCCCGAGCCCCUGGGGGUGGAGCACUUCCUGCGGGAGCUCGGGCAGUGCUACGAGGCCGAGAGCUGCCUGGUGGAGGCAGGGCGGCUGCCCGCCGGCCACCGGCGCUUCGCGCACUUCCCCGGCCUGGCCGUGGAGCUGCUGCUGACCGGGCUGCCCCUGGAGCUGGUGGACGGGAGCACGCUCAGCAUCCCCGCGCGCUGGGUCACGGGGCUGCUCAAGGAACUGCACGCGCGCCUGGACAGGAGGUCGAGGCUGGUGGUGGUGUCCGCCCUGGGCGUGCCGGGCACCGGGAAGUCCACCCUCCUCAACACCAUGUUUGGGCUGCGCUUUGCCACGGGCAGGAGCUGCAGCCCUCGGGGCGCCUUCAUGCAGCUCCUGACGGUGGCCGAGGGCUUCAGCCAGGACCUGGGCUGUGACCACAUCCUGGCCAUAGACUCAGGGGCACUGAUCGGCGGGGCCCCGGCCUCAGCCGGGGACAGGUUUGAGCUCGAGGCCUCCUUGGCCACUCUGCUCAUGGGGCUGAGCAACGUGACCGUGGUCAGUCUGGCCGAGACGAAGGACAUCCCGGCCGCCGUCCUGCACGCCUUCCUGAGGUUGGAGAAGACAGGCCACGUGCCCAACUGCCAGUUCGUGUACCAGAACCUUCACGACCUGCCCGCCUCCAGCCCCAAGCCCCGGGACAGGAGGCCGCUGCUGGAGGCGCCGGGCGAGCUGGGCAGGGCCGCCGCCCAGAUGGAGAAGCAGGGCGGCGGCUUCCGCGUGCUGGCCGGCCUGGCCUUCUGUGACCCCGAGCGGCAGCACGUCUGGCACGUCCCCAGCCUGUGGCACGGGGUGCCGCCCAUGGCCGCCGUGAGCCUGGCCUACAGCGAGGCCAUCUUCGAACUGAAGAGGUGCCUGCUGGAAAACGUCAGGAACGGCCUCUCCAACCAGAACAAGAACAUCCAGCAGCUCAUCGAGCUGGUGCGGCGGCUCUGAGCCGGCAGGCCGACAGCCUCAGCGAGGGAGGGAAGGAAGCUCACAGACCGCUCCGCCAUGUUCCUGCUGAUGGCCGAGGCCCUGGGCAGGGGAGACGCCGCCAGGCUCCCAUGGGGCCAGCCCUUCAUCGCCCCGGAGUGGGGAGCGGCGGCCUCAGCAGACGGGGACCCCCAGCACAGGGCGGGGGUUGUCCUAGGGGAGCAGAGGCUGCCCGUGUGAGCAGCAUCAGAGGGGACCUGCCGGGGGGGCCCAGCGCCGGGUCGCACCUCGCCUGCACCCUUCAGCAGGUCAUCAUUCGUGCGUGCUGUCUGCCCCGAAGCCAUGAGCUCCUGGGAGGCGGGGACCAAACGUCACCCAGUUCCUGUCCCCAGGCCUUGCACACUGUAGGCGCUUAAUAAAUGUUUGUUGAACGAAU